AUGGCAGCGGCCGCGGAGCUGACGCUGCUGGAGAAGUCUCUGGGGCUGAGUAAAGGGGACAAGUACAGCGCUCAGGGCGAGUGCCAGAUUCCAGUUCUUCAGACAAACAAUGGUCCAAGUCUAAUGGGACAGACUACCAUAGCAGCUCACCUAGUCAAGCAGGCCAACAAGGAAUAUUUGCUGGGGAGCCCGGUAGAGGAGAAAGCCGUGGUUCAGCAGUGGUUAGAAUACAGGGUAACUCGAGUGGACGGACACUCCAGUAAAGACGACAUCCACACUGUCCUGAAGGAUCUUAAUUCAUACCUUGAAGAUAAAGUCUACCUUACAGGAUAUAACUUCACAUUAGCAGAUAUCCUGUUGUAUUAUGGGCUUCAUCGCUUUAUUGUUGACCUGACAGUUCAAGAGAAGGAGAAAUACCUUAACGUGUCGCGCUGGUUUUGUCACAUUCAGCACUGUCCAGGCAUUAGGCAGCAUCUGUCUAGUGUUGUCUUCAUCAAGAACAGACUAUAUACUAACUCCCAGUAGAAGCCACCCGCGCCCCGCCCAGAAGAGGGAGUAACCCAUGCCCAGUGGGAAGUGUGUUUCAGACCAGAGGACUGACGUGAACCGAUAUGCACCCAUUCUCUAUUUGUUGAAGUUGGUAGAAUUUAAGUACAGACUCAU